GAGAACAAAGAGAAGAGAAGAAAAGAUGAUGUCCGGAGGUUAUACCAGCAUUGAUAACCAGAAAGUUUCUGGGUCCGUACCCGCCGUUUCAGACCCCGGCCGUGUCCCGGUCCAAUUUGCAGAUUCGAGCCUCCAAACGUUUCCUCCGUCAGGUGUGCAGGGAAAGAUCUCUGGUGGAGCUCAACCUCCACGUGAUGCAGACGAUUCAUUUUCAAGACCUGCUGCUGGCUCUCCUAGGGGCUCUGAUGAAUCACAAGGAGGUGGUUGGCUUCAUAAAUUCACUGUUGCUGCAUAUAAGCCGUACUUUGAUGUUGAUACUUCAGAUGUUUUGGAUAGACUUAUGGAGUCACUCUAUCCAUUUAGAGGAACAUUUACGAAGAAAACAGCUACCAAUCCUGAUUUAUAUGGACCAUUCUGGAUCUGCACCACUCUUAUAUUUGUAGCAGCGUCUAUUGGGACUUUUGUGACUUAUAUAGCACACAAGCUCCGGGACAAAGAAUGGAAUUAUGACAUAAAUCUGAUUACAUGGUCUGCUGGUGUGUUCUAUGGAUAUGUCACCGUGGUUCCUCUUGUCUUGUUUGUUAUUCUCAAGUACUUCUCAGCACCAUCAGGCCUUGUACAAUUGUUUUGCCUAUAUGGAUACUCCUUGUUUAUCUUUAUUCCAGCAAUGUGUCUAUCUGUUGUCCCCUUGGAAAUUUUCAGAUGGAUUAUUGCAGGUGUAGCCGGGUUUAUGUCGGCAACUUUUGUGGCACUUAAUCUCAAAGCUCACAUUACUUCAGCUGGAGAAAGUUGGUUCUUGAUAGUUGCUGGUAUCUUUCUCUUGCAGCUGGCCCUUGCUGUUGUGCUCAAGCUCUAUUUGUUCACCGUUUCAGUAUAAGAGGAAACUGUCCUAAUCGGGUUAGUUGUAGAUUACAGUGAAAGCGAAUUUUGGUCCUUCGGCUGUUAAUCAUCGGAAAUAUUUUUCUUGAUAAAGUAAAACAUCAUGUAUUCAUUCAUUUUUAGUGCUGUGGGAAUAUAAAUUUACAAGUGACUGUUCCAAUGUAAUUGCAUUUCUUC